CGGAUAAAAAUUCGCAGCUCACAUUCAAAUAAUCUUUGUUUCUAAAAGUAAGUAGAUAUUACUUUCGCGAAUUUUUUUUAAUAUAAAUUUUAAAAGAUUAAUAGAAGUUCUUGCUUAGAUCUCUGCUUGGGAAUUUACAUAAUUAUUCUAAAACACGUAAUAUAUAACAGAUCACAAUAUUUUUGAAAUUUAGAAUAUUAUUUAAAUAAAAUAAUUGUGAAAGUUAAUUAUUAUAUGUUCUUUAUUUAUUAAUUCAAACAAGUUAGUUUGUUAGCCUAAUUCAAUAAAUUUUGUAGUUAUAAGGCAAAUUCUUUAUCAACAAUGAGUUCACGUUCUCGUCAAAAUACUAUCAAUCGUAUCAAUACCAACGCUAAUAAUAACAAUAAUAAUAAUGAAGAAGAACGUGGUGGAGCUAUAAAGCGUACUCGUUUAGAUAAUGCUAAUUACACUUCAACGCACACUUUUUCGAGUUCAUCGUCAUCAUCUACUGCUGUCGCCGCUGCUACCGCAUCUAGCAGUUCCUCAUAUGAUAAUUUUAUAGGAAAAACAUCGAAAAAAUAUGAUCUUGUCAAUCAUGGUAAAGAUUUGAUUUUUCCUUCACAUAAGCCGAUCCCAGAUAGGCCAAAUGAUGCUGUACGGCAAGGUCCUCAAAAACAACCAAUUAAGAAAUUAGUUAUUAAGGGUCUAAAAGAUAAACCAAAGUUACCGGAUAAUUAUGAAGAAGUAACAUGGUCAAAGCUUCAGGCAGCGGUUCAAGCUAUCUUUAAUUAUCAACGCAUUGGCACUAGUCUUGAAGAACUUUAUAAAGCUUGUGAAAAUCUUUGUUUACAUAAAAUGGCUCCAUCACUUUAUAAAAGAUUAGCAGGGGAAAUCGAAGAACAUUUGAAAGUGGAGAAGACUAAGCUUGAAAAUAAUUUAAACGAAAACGAUACACUUCUUAUAGUUGUAAAUAAAUGUUGGCAGGCACAUUGUGAACAAAUGGGUUUAAUCCGAAGUAUAUUUUUGUAUCUUGAUCGAACUUAUGUACUUCAAACUUCUGGAGUUAUUUCAAUAUGGGAUAAAGGACUUGAAAUUUUCCAAAAACAAAUUAUGUCUUCAUCGGCAGGUGAUAUAAAAAAGAAGACAAUGAACGGUUUAAUCACGCUCAUCAGACUCGAAAGAAACGGUGAUUCCGUUGACCGUCGUCUUCUGCAUUCCCUUAUUCAUAUGUUUAUUGAUCUUGGAAUAUAUUGCCCUAGUUUUGAAAAUCUAUUCUUGAUGGAAACCCGUAGUUAUUAUCAUCAUGAAGGAAUAAGCCUUGUAAGCGAAAUCACAGUGCCGAGAUAUCUAAAACAUGUAAAGAAACGUUUAAGGGAAGAAAGUGACAGAGUUUCGAAUUAUUUGGAUUGGAAAACGAAAAAUCCACUGACAAAAGUAGUAGAUGAUGAAUUAAUAAAGAGACAUGUUGAUACACUUUUGGAGAAAGGCUUCAAUGAUAUGAUGGAGGACCAACAUGCAGAUGAGCAUAUACAAGAAUUAGGAAGAUUAUAUGAUCUUUUGGCUCGAGUCAACUCUCUUGAUCGUCUGCGUCUUUACUUCGGAAAUUAUAUUAAGAAAACCGGUUCAAAUAUAGUUAACAACGUAAAUCAAGAAUCAACUAUGGUUGAAGAUUUGCUUGCCCUGAAAAAGAAAAUGGAUAGUAUUGUUGCUAUAUCAUUUGACCGAAAUUAUAAUUUUGCACACGCCGUAAAAGAGAGUUUUGAGGUGUUCAUUAAUCAACGUCAAAAUAAACCUGCCGAACUUAUUGCCAAGUAUGUCGAUUUGAAACUGAAACUUGGUAAUAAACGUAUGGAUGAUUUAGAAAUCGAAAAGACGUUGGAUGAAGUAUUGGUUUUAUUCAGAUAUAUUCAAGGGAAAGAUAUAUUUGAGGCCUUUUAUAAGCGUGACCUUGCAAAACGUCUUUUGCUUAACAAGAGUGCAUCAUUUGAUUAUGAGAGGAGCAUGUUAUCCAAAUUGAGAAAAGAAUGUGGACCGGGGUUCACAAGCAAACUGGAAGGCAUGUUUAAGGAUAUUGACCUUUCUAGAGAUUUUAUGAAUUCAUUUUAUCAUUCUAGAAUUUCUGAGAAUUUAAGAACAAACAUUAAAAUUGAUCUUUAUGUAAAUGUGCUAACCCAAGGAUUUUGGCCCACAUAUUCACCAGCACCACUUAUCUUGCCACCUGUUAUGGCAGAAUGUCAAGAAAUAUUUAAGGAAUUUUAUCUCAGCAAACAUGGAGGACGAAAUUUAAAGUGGCAAAAUUCUUUAGGUCAUUGCCUAUUGGCAGCAGAGUUUCCGAAAGGAAACAAAGAAUUAGUCGUGAGUUUAUUCCAAGCAGUAGUGUUAUUACAAUUUAAUGACUUGAAGCUAAAAGAAAGAAUUUCAUACGAACACAUUAAAGAACAUACAGGAAUUGAGAAAAAAGAACUUGAUCGUACGUUACAAUCAUUAGCAUGUGGUAAAGUUCGCGUUCUUAAAAAACAUCCAAAGGGACGUGAUGUGAGUCCCACUGAUUCUUUUAGUGUAGACGAAAUGUUUGAUGUCAAAUUUUUCCGCAUUAAAGUUAAUGCUAUUCAAAUGAAAGAAACGUUGGAAGAAAAUCAGGAAACUAAUGAGCGUGUCUUCCUGGAUCGACAAUAUCAAGUGGAUGCCGCGUUAGUCCGAAUAAUGAAAAUGCGAAAGAAACUUAGUCAUAAUGAACUAGUUUCUGAAUUAUUGUCACAGUUAAAAUUCAAAGCACAGGUAUCAGAUAUUAAGAAACGUAUAGAAUCUUUGAUAGAGCGUGAAUACUUAGAAAGAGAUAGUGAAGAUCCAUCAAUACUUAAAUAUUUGGCUUAACUUUUUUUAAUUUUCAUUAAUAAUAAGUUUAUUAAAUAGCAAUUUAUUAUGUUUUAAACCUGUGAUUAUGUUUUUAAUUUCAAUAAAACGUUAAAAUUUUG